AUGAAGCAGGAAGAGAGUCCCGUGAAGAGGCUGGGACCUGCACCAGCGUCCACGACUCCUUGUGUUCGCGUACUUGCAGCCACUUCAACCUCCGGUCUUGUUGGCAAGCCUAUGCAACUUCUCGCUGUACCGAAGAAAUUGACUGCUGGUGGUUCGAAUAUUGCUAUUAGGCUGUCAAACACCGCUCCCAACUCCGUCUCCCGACCCAUUUUUAUCGCUGGUGGUGGAGAUGUGGGCCACGUUUCUGCUGAUUCCUCACAAACUCAAAUAAUGGGUACCAAGGAGACGGCUAUGGAACAGGAAGUAGUGACCACCAUCGAUGCUGAAGGAGAGGACGAACCCUCCGCUAGUCUCGUGGAGGACAUCGAAGAAGGCGAGGCGCCUGGACUUUGUGCAGUCUGCUGCCAACUUGAGCCUCCCGGGUUCGACCCCGACGCGUCCGCUACUAACGACUCGGAUUGCCAGGUUGUUGACUGGGCCCACUGUGAUUACUGUAACCGCUGGGUGCAUCUCAACAGCGAGUGCAGUCGCGACGCUGUAAUAAGUGAUAGCGCCUUUAUGUGCGCCCUCUGCCGUGGUUAUGAGGAUGGAGAUGUCCAACUGAAGGAUCAGAAGGUGGAACAAGGUAUUGAUAUCACAACGACAAAGCCCUUGAGUCACUCCCCUUUUGGUCAAGAGUCUCUUAAUCAGGUGGAGGAGUCCUCAGUCUCCAAUGAUGCGGUCAAAGAGAUUUGA